AUGAAAAUAAAAAUCCACGUAAAAACCAAAAUAUUUAUAGGUUUAAAAAAAAAUAAAAAAAAAAAAAAAAAUAUAUUGCAAAAAAAAAUAAAGCAUCAUGUAAAAAAAAAAGAUAAAAAAAAAGGUAAUAAAAAAGAAAAAAAAAAAUUAAAGAUAAAAAAAAAAGGUAAAAAAAAAAAAAAAAUUAAAAAAUUUCAGAAAUAUUCUGAAUAUUAUUUCUCAGUAAACUGUUCAAAAAUUGGUAAUAAUUAUUUAAAACUAGAUGUUGAAUAUUCAACCGAUACGAGACAAAAACAAUUUUUAAAGUACAAGAAUGAAAAAGAAAAAUAUUAUGAAACAAAAACAAAUUCAACUUCAAGUUCGGAUAAAAAUGAAAUUAAUAUUUGCAUUUUUCUUUUAUUUUUUUUUUUUUUAAUUUUAAUUUUUUAA